AUGAUGAGAGACUUGGCCAAAGAUCCAAAUACCAGAGUUCAUGUGGAUUUCACUUUUAUGGGAGAAGCAUAUGGUCCUGGUUCAGUGAAGUUGUCUUCAUAUUUAGGUCCCUUGGUAAGGGAACACGUCCCUGUUACAUUAGAGACUUGGAAAAAAAUCACUGAAGAAGUGAAGACAGUGCUCUGGAAAUCAGUCCAGGCAAGGUUUGAAGUUGAUGAGGAGUACCAAAGAGUUGCAGUUCUGAAGCAGAUGGGAGCUUUAUGGAGGUCAUCCAAGUCACGACUAGUAACCCAAAUCAAUGAAGCUGAAAAUAACCAACAAAGGAUGAAUCUCAGACCCAAGAAUGUGCCUCCAGUUGAAUGGCGUAAAUUUGUGAAGCUAAAGACAAGCCAAGAAUUCAAGGUUCUGAGUGAUAGCUACAAGGAGAGGAGACGCAAACAGAUUCCUCACACUUGUAGUCGAAAGGGAAUGGUUCGACUAGCAGAAGAAAUGAAAAAUAGUUCUGAAGACCCAUCUGAAGUGUCAAGACUUAAAGUCUGGGUGAAGUCACGUACAAGAAAAGAUGGAACUCCUAUAAACACUAAUGCCGCUGAGAAGAUUCAAAAGGCUGCUGAGAUUGCUACCGGUGCUAAGCAGACUGGUAAAAACGAAGAUGAAGACACACUCAUCCAGGUUUUAGGACCUGAUAAUCCUGGUCGUAUGAGAGCAAUGGGGAGGAAUGUCAGUAAGACAAAAUUAGCUUGCUUCAAUGUCAACCACAAGUCUAUUUCUGAAAUGCAAGAGAAGCAAUUGCAUCUCCAGAAAAAGGUUAACGAGUUACAGUCUGAACUUGCGAAAGUUAAAAACCAGAGAGAAGACAAUGAGUUGGGAAAACUCGGCUGCUAG